AUGCGCUUGAUAAGUCCGGUGGUUAGUGUACUGACGAUUUUACAUUUUGCCUAUGUGAAUGGUAAAAUUUCCGAGCAUUUUGAGUCGGUAGCAACCUCCUCGCAACUGAAUGUUUUCGAUGAGGAUGGUACGUGUCCACCUUGCUUCAACUGCAUGCUUCCCAUUUUUAAAUGCAAGCAGUUUUCAGAAUGCAAUUCAUACACUGGACGAUGUGAGUGUUUAGACGGUUUUGGUGGCGAUGAUUGCUCUUUGCCGUUAUGCGGGGCUCUGCCUGAUGGUAACGACAAUAGACCAACUCGAGAUAAUGAUACAGAAAAAUGCGAGUGCAAAUCUGGUUGGGGAGGUAUCAAUUGUAAUAUUUGCCAGGAAGAUUCAGUCUGCGAUGCAUUCAUGCCUGAAGGGUUACAGGGUACUUGUUACAAAAAUGGUAUGAUCAUUAACAAGUUUCAUCAGGGUUGUGAUGUCACCAACAAGAAAAUUCUUCAGAUACUUAACGGGAAGAAACCGCAAGUAACUUUUUCCUGCAAUAGAACAGCUGAAGUUUGUGACUUUCAAUUCUGGAUCGACGAGGUCGAAAGUUUUUAUUGUGGUUUGUCAGAUUGUAAUUUCGAAUAUGACCUUCAAAAAAAUGCUUCUCAUUAUACCUGCGAUAAGGUUCAGUGCGAGUGUGUACCUGAUAGAAUGUUAUGUGGCCAAAAGGGUUCCAUUGAUAUAUCUGACUUUUUGACGGAGACUAUAAAGGGGCCAGGUGACUUUAGCUGUGACUUGCAAUCCAGAAAGUGUAAGUUCAGUGAACCUAGUAUGAAUGACUUAAUAUUGACUGUUUUUGGAGACCCCUAUAUUACUUUGAAGUGUGAAGCAGGUGAAUGUAUUCAUUACAGCCAAAUCCCAGGCUAUGAAACCCCUUCAAAGGGAAAACUGACAAAUAUACAAAUCCUCCUCUUAACUAUAACUUCUGCUGCUGUAGUAGGACUGUCAGGUGUUGCAAUCUUCUUUGUAUCCAAAAGUCCCUUCUUUAGCGGAGGAGGUAUCGUUGCUUUAGAUGAUGAGGAUUUCGAUGAUUUCGAUUUUCUUAAAUCGACCUGGAAAACCGUCUUAACGUUUGAGAAUAUUAACUACAAAAUUUCUGGAUCUGGUAGAAGUACUAGGCAAGUCCUUACAAAUAUAAGCGGGUCGGUGAAGUCUGGGGAGAUUAUGGCCAUUAUGGGGGGUUCGGGAGCAGGAAAAACUACUUUGUUAGAUAUAUUAGCUAUGAAAGGCAAAGCAGGUCGCGUUUCAGGCUCUAUCAGAGUUAACGGGGUUGAAAUCACAAAACAGAACUACUCUAGAAUAAUUGGAUUUGUUGACCAAGAAGACUUUCUAUUACCUACCCUAACGGUUUAUGAGACGGUCUUGAACAGUGCUCUACUAAGAUUACCACGUAAUAUAAGUUUUGCAGCCAAACAGAAGCGUGUUUUUCAAGUUCUAGAUGAGCUUCGUAUUCUAAACAUUAAGGACCACGUCAUUGGAAAUGAUUUCGAGAGAGGAAUAAGUGGGGGUGAGAAACGCAGAGUAUCAAUUGCAUGUGAACUUGUAACUUCGCCAUCUAUUUUGUUUUUGGAUGAGCCGACUUCUGGAUUGGACUCAAAUAAUGCGAACAAUGUUAUAGAGUGUUUGGUUCGUCUUGCCAAUCAUUAUAAUAGGACAUUGGUUUUGUCCAUCCAUCAACCACGGUCUAAUAUUUUUAAAUCCUUUGAUAAAUUAGUGCUUUUAAGCGAUGGAGAAAUGGUUUACUCUGGCGAAGCACUUAAAGUCAGCGAGUUUCUUCGGAAUAGUGGUUACGCGUGUCCCUCUGAUUAUAACAUUGCAGAUUACUUGAUUGAUAUUACGUUCGAGCCAAAAAAAUAUCAGACAAGAGUAUCGGGGUCCACAAAUGAUCUAGAAGCUAAUCUACUGCCCUCCAUAGACGAUCACGAUUCUCACAAUGUCCAUGUUGUGGAUCCUAACAGAGAUUCAGUUGCUACUGUGACACAAAACGAAUGGGAACAUUACGCAGUGCAUAGAGACGAGUUUAGAACUUUACUAAAUGCUGAGGAAUCGCAAGAAAGAGGUUAUGGAUCUGCCAGUUCCAAGGUUUUGCAUUCUCUGUUCAGAGACAGUCCGUAUUUUUCAGAACUUCUUCAGGACAUAGAGUAUGUCAAGUCUUCAGAACAUCAAGGGAGUUUCAUAACAAAGUCGAGUUCAGCAGCUUCAUUUAUCCAGCAGUUAUUCAUCUUAUCGUCAAGAACAUUCAAGAACAUUUACAGAAAUCCAAAAUUGCUGCUAGGUAAUUACAUAUUAACUGUGAUGCUAGGAUUAUUUUUGGGGAUGCUCUAUUAUGAUGUUCAAAACGACAUUAGUGGUUUCCAAAAUAGGCUCGGCCUCUUCUUCUUCAUUUUAACGUAUUUUGGAUUUCUGACGUUUACAGGGUUAAGUUCAUUUUCGCUUGAAAGGCUUAUUUUCGUGAAAGAGCGCUCAAAUAAUUAUUACUCACCAAUGGCUUACUAUAUUAGUAAGAUUUUGAGCGACGUUAUUCCUCUACGUGUUGUACCUCCUAUUCUCUUGGCAUUAGUAGUAUAUCCAACUGUGGGUCUGAACAUGGAGGAGAAUGCUUUCUUCAAGUUCGUGGCAAUUUUGAUUCUAUUCAACUUGGGCAUCUCACUGGAAAUACUAACUGUUGGUAUUAUUUUUGAAGACUUGAAUAAUUCCAUCGUCAUAAGUGUUCUCAUUUUACUGGCAUCCCUGUUAUUCAGUGGACUCUUCAUUAACACAAGAGAUAUUACUAACGUGGCAUUUAAGUAUCUGAAGAAUUUAUCAAUCUUCUACUAUGCUUACGAAUCGUUGAUAAUAAAUGAAGUCAAGUCUUUGAUCCUGAAAGAAAAGAAAUACGGUCUUAACAUCGAAAUUCCAGGUGCAACUAUAUUGAGUACUUUUGGUUUCAUUGUCCAAAACUUUGUGUUUGAUAUCAAGAUGCUCAUGGUCUUCAUCUUCGUAUUCUUAUCUUUGGGAUACCUAGCGUUAAAGGUGAUAGUUGUUGAGCAAAAAUGA